AAAGAGCUUCCAUUCCUGUUUGUCCGCCUUCAAGCUCUGAGCCCACUGCCCACCCACCACACUCCUGAAACUUCCCAAACCAAAACCAGGAAACCCCUGCGUGGACUCGACUCCCCCCAAGUCUCCGUCUUCCUCAACCCCUACCUUCCUUCCCCCAUCUCAUCGCACGAUCGCCAUCGCAAUUCAAUAGCUCAUCCGCAAACGCCACGCGAGAGAUGGGUGCUCUUUGCUGCUGUCCUUGUGGUGAGGAAUUCGAAGAAUACGCGCUUCCAAGCAAUUCAAUUUAUAGGCAUUGCUUGUGCCUGAGAUACUUCUUCCACCAGCUAUUCACUGGGUAUAGUGCACCUUUUCAAAGGCUUGAUGGACGACCACCUUCAUUACCUAUUCAAGGAGCCACUUUGGCAUCAACUGGAGUAGGCACAACACUACAAAAUAAUCCCUUGAAUGAUACUCAGCUCUCAGUUUCCAGGCCAACCCCCUUCGAUGUUGAUCAGAGAUACUCACGUUUGCAGCGUGAUGGCUUGGUCUCUAGGCGUGAGAAGUCAAUGACUCAUUUGCAAGAAGAUACGCAACAACUGAGAAGAGGCAGUUCUGGUACCGAAUCCCUGGGUUUUGGAAAGAAAUGGAAUGGAGAUGAUACUGAAGAAGAUUGUAAGUUUGGCCAAUCGGAGACCUCGGAAAAGGCUUUGGCAACAAAACUCGCAUAUGGACUAACUUACGUGCAACCAUCUUCUGAAGAUGAAGAUGUCUGCCCUACAUGUCUGGAUGAAUACAAUUCAGAAAAUCCAAAAAUCACAACGAGAUGUUCUCAUCAUUUUCACCUCGGCUGUAUUUAUGAAUGGUUGGAGAGAAGCGAAAGCUGUCCAAUUUGUGGCAAGGAGAUGGAGUUCUGCGAAAGCCCUUAACUUUUCUGUCUGAUGGCAAAGCAAUAUAACAAAUAUAUACAUAUGUGGAGCGCGGCUACGGGUUUCUGUAAAUAAAAAGUUGUCUUGUUUCUAAAGGGUUCCGGAGAGGGAAGCAAUUGUUCAUUUUGUGUCACCAGUUGUAAUACUUCGUGUUUCUCGAUGCUUCGUGUUUGAUUACUUCAUCUUAUUUCUUGUAUAGAUCUCCACAGAUCUGUGUGGAACCAUGUUUAAUGAUUGUAAAAAUAAUUGUUAUGGAAACGUUCCGAAAGGGCUCCCACCA